UGUAGCCAAGUUCACGCACUGUGUUCCCCACCGAGACAUGGCGGUCCUCGGCGUGCAGCUGGUGGUGACGCUGUUCACGGCCACCCUCAUGCACAGGCUGGCGCCCCACUGCUCCUUCGCACGCUGGCUGCUCUGCAAUGGCAGUCUUUUCCGCUACAAGCACCCAUCCGAGGAGGAGCUUCGAGCUCUGGCUGGGAAACAGAGGCCUCAAGGCCGGCGGGAGCGGUGGGCCAACGGCCUCGGUGAGAAGCCACUCCUGGUGCCCCGGGACGCCCCAUUCCACCUGGAGACCUGUCCCCUCACCCCCGUGGAUGCCCUAGUCCUGCGCUUCUUCCUGGAGUACCAGUGGUUCGUGGACUUCGCGGCAUACGCGGCUGGCGUGUACCUCUUCACCGAGGGCUACUUCUACCUGCUGGGCCCGCGGGAAGCCAACAUCGCAGUGUUCUGGUGCCUGCUCACCGUGGCCUUCUCCAUCAAGGUGUUCGUGACAGUGACCCGGCUGUACUUCAGCGUGCAGGGCGGUGAGCGCGCUGUGUGUCUCACCUUCGCCUUCAUCUUCCUCCUGCUGGCCAUGCUGGUGCAGGUGGUUCGGGAGGACACGCUGGAGCUGGGCCUAGAGCCAGGCCUGGCCAGUGUGACCCGGAACCUGCAGCCGCUCCUGAAGCCCCAGGGAUGGGACUGGGUGCUCCCCGUGUCCACACUGGCCAUCCGCGUGGGGCUGGCGGUGGCGGGCUCCGUGCUGGGAGCCUUCCUCACCUUCCCCGGCCUGCGGCUAGCCCAGACCCACCGCGACGCCCUGACCAUGGCGGAGGACCGGCCCCUGCUGCAGCUCCUCCUGCACACCAGCUUCCUGUCUCCGCUGUGUGUCCUGUGGCUCUGGACCAAGCCCAUCGCGCGGGACUUCCUCCACCAGGGGGCCGCUGGGGAGUCGCCCUUGGCCCUGCUGUCAGACUCAGCCUUCGACUCGCUGCGCCUCUGGGUGCUGGUGGUGCUGUGCCUUCUGCGGCUGGCAGUGACCCGGCCCCACCUGCAGGCCUAUCUGUGCCUGGCCAAGGCGCGCGUGGAGCAGCUUCGCAAGGAGGCCGGCCACGUCGAGGCGCGGGAGAUCCAGCAGCGGGUGGUCCGGGUCUACUGCUACGUGACGGUUGUGAGCCUGCAGUACCUGACACCGCUCAUCCUGACGCUCAACUGCACACUGCUGCUCAAGUCGCUGGGUUGCUACUCAUGGGGCCUCGGCCCAGCACCCCCGCUGUCGGGGGCUCCGUCCUCAGCCAGCACUGGCCCUGUUGGCUCCGGGGAGGACGAGGCGCAGCGCACAGCGGCGGGCAUCGCAGCUGCCCUGCGCGGCCUGUUGACGCCCCUGCUGCUCCGCGGCGUCCUGGCCUUCUUCAUCUGGUGGACGGCCGCCUGCCAGCUCGUCUCCAGCCUCUUCGGCCUCUACUUCCACCAGCACCUGGCAGCCUGCUAGUCGUGCCACCGGCCCUGGUGGGGCCCUGAAGCCUGGUCCGGCCAAAGCAACAGGUUGGCACUGCGGGGCUCAGUGUCCCCAGCAGCAGGAAGGGGCUGGAAGUCCUCAGCGCGGUGCAUGGGCCCUUGUGGGUCCCUGGAGACUAGCUCCCUAGCUCGGGGGCCAACACCCUUGUCCCCAAGUGGGCGUGCAACCUUGAGUGGCCGCUGCUUUUAGGAAUAAAGGAGCAGCUACUGUGUGUAA